AUGGCUCUUCUCCAAGACGCAAAGGGAGCGGCACAAGCACUGCACAUCCCGAGAGCAACUGCUUUGCCAGCACCAUUACCACCGCAACUGGCGCGACGUGACGCGGACGAUUUAACCUCUAGUACACUUACCGUGACUGUCUCCCCGGAUCGAACAUGCGGCUUCGACGGCAACGACAAGCCAAUGAGCUGUGUCAGAGAAGUGCCUUGCACUUGGGAAUCCGGCAGUAUCAAUGCUUUCUGGUGCGGAUGGUCAGGCCUCUUCACUACUUGCUAUGACAACACUGCGUGGAAUGACCCUUCUAGUUGCAAUGCUGACUGUUACUCAAACUCACGCAACGUGUUUUGCCAUAGCACACAGCCUUAUUGCACGACAUUCGAGCUCGGCGACGGCAUUAGGGGAUACGGAUGUAGUACAGUGCCAUCAAUCCAGAAAUUAAUCGCAAGUACGCUGUAUAAUAAACCCCGAGAAUUUAAAACUCGGGUUUAUGUCGACGGGCUCCAGCAGACAGAAUGGGUAUCGGAUUUGGAGACAACCACGACAGAAGUUUCUCCAACCACGACGGAUUCUGCAACAUCUAGCCCUAAGCCCGGCCCAAACAUCGGCGCUAUCGUUGGCGGUGCAGUGGGCGGCCUUGCCGUCCUUAUCCUCAUUGGAGUCGGUGGGCUUUUGUUUCUACGACGCCGAAAGAACAAAGCUGCAGAUCAACACGAGUUGAACACUGGCUUCGCGCCCCAGCCCGACACGCCAGGGCUUCUCGACAAAACCCAAUGGUCCCCUGCCCAACUCGGGCCCUAUGCGGACCGUCCGUCCCCUGAAUACGCGCCUGUUACGUCGCCUCACCUUCACGAGGCGCCGAGUUCAGGGACGAUGUGGAGCGCUGAGCUUGAUGGCAGGAGGACGGAUCAUCACCGUGGGACGAUGCAGGAGAUGUGA